AAAAUUAGUAUCGAUAUUCGGCAUUCGAUAGGCGGCGAUCAGUGCUGUUCCAUUUCGAAGCAAACUAACCUAUAUAAUAAUUGUACAUAAUAAAAAAUUAAUAAUUUCUGUGAGAAAUCAUGGUAUUUCUGUCGUUAAAUUUAUUAGUUCGAUCCCGAGGACCAGAUGAAUUCUGGCGAAAACGUAAAAUAUUUCAAAUUGCUUCUCAUUUUAUAGGUAGAAGAAGAAAUUGUUACUCUAUCUGUAUUAGAAAUGUUCAUAGAUCUUUACUCUAUACUACCAAAGGACGAAAAUUAAAAAAGGAUGAUAUGCGCGAGCUUUGGAUGACAAGAAGUACAGCAGCUACACUAGAACAUGAUAUGGAUCUAAAAACAUUUAGUGAAGGCUUAAACAGAUGUAAUAUUUUAUUAAAUUAUAAAAGUUUAGCUGAUUUGGCUUGUUGGGAACCAAGAACAUUUAAAUCACUUGUAGCUAUCGCAAAUGCAAGAGCGCAACAAGAUGGAUUUAAUAAGCAAAAAAUAAACAAAGAAUCAACCACUAUUAUAACAAAUGGUUUAAUUGAAUAAAAUAGAUAUGAUGUAUAACAUUUAUACAAUGUCUUUGUUAUUUUUAUUAUAUCUUCAUUAAACAACUUACAACAAUGUAAUAUAUAUGUAUGUAUGUAUGUAUGUUAUAUGAAAUAUAUAUUUAAAUCUUAUUUUAUGGCUGUUCCAAAAAAUAUUCAUUACUAUGAUUUAAGCUUUGUUGAUAAUGUUUAGUAAUUAAAAUUUGGAAAUUAAAAUUGUAAUGAAGUAUAAGAAAAUAUAUGCUUUGAUAAUA